AUGGACACAGGCGAUGCACCAGGAGAUUUGUUCUUCCUUUUGGACGAGUUCCUGUUGCCUCUGCAGUGUGCGGAUCCCACGUACUUUUACGAUAAGUUCGAGUGCCUCAAUCCGGAGCAUCGCUCAAAGGGGCUGGUGGCCACUGAACUUGAGCUGGAGGUUGACGCUCGCUUCACUAACUAUUCUGGCUGCAACUUCUGCACGGGGACGGAUCCUUUCACUCACAAGCCUUGUGAAGCUGGGACCUAUGUUUGUGACUGCAUGAAUUUCUUGAAUCCCAAAGGAUGUGAUCGGCGCCUCGUGGGUAUGGAGACGGUUGUAAAGGAGUUUGUUCAUGAUGUCACCGACCAGUGCAAAGAGACCCUUGAGGAUGUGUGCGGCCAUGUGCGUUAUUCCAAAUGGUGUCCACUCUGCUUGGCGAGGCAUCAGAAGCUGCUGAACCAGAGCACUUGCUCCGCCGAGGCCACGGCGUACUGCCCCGGCAUUGGAUUUCCACUCUGCGCGUCAGAUUCCAAGAAUUUCGACUGUUGGCACAUGAACAUCGCCCGGAAGACUCAAGGACUCUGGUUCUCCACCUUCCGUGAGGGCUAUUGCGACGACACCGAGAAGCCAUGCAGUUGGAAGGUGCUCGCCAGCCGCACAAUCCAGGAGGACUGUAUCAAGACGCGCUUGGUCGAGACGGUGGAGGACGAGGGGUCUCGCUGUUUCGAGCAGUGUGGAACCAGGAACCAGUCCUCUCCUUGCUGGGUUGGCUGCUUUUUUACGACGGUCUUAGGGCCGGAGGCGCACAACUCCACCAGGGUGACCGGCAUGCCGUUGGAAAAGCUCACGGAUGCCUGGACUGGAUCUUUCCAGGUGUGCCCACCGGCAUCCCUGGAGAAUCAACUCCCCAGCACGGUGGGUCAGAUUGCCACUGGGCAGACUCAUUAUCAUCGACGGCUUUGGCUCAGCCAGAGAGGAGGAAUAUCCAAGAAAUUUAGUGCAGUUAAUGUUUCGGAGCGCUGUUUGGACUUGUGCGGACCUCAAAACCUUAUUCCAAGUAUUCAGCUGCCGGCUCUGGUGGUUUGA